AUGGAUCUGGCUGUGGCCCUGGUGCUCUGCCUCUGUUCUCUGCUUCUCCUCUCACUCUGGAAACAGAGCUCUGGGAAAGGGAAGCUCCCGCCGGGCCCCACUCCUCUCCCGAUUCUUGGAAACAUCCUACAGUUAGAUGUUAAGGACAUUGGCAAAUCCUUAAGCAAUCUCUCAAACACCUAUGGCCCUGUGUUCACAGUGUAUUUUGGCUUGAGGCCCACUGUUGUGUUGCAUGGAUAUGAAGCAGUGAAAGAAGCCCUAAUUGAUCGGGGAGAAGAGUUUUCUGGAAGAGGCAAUCUCCCAAUGUCUCAAAGAGUUAAUAAAGGAUACGGAAUCCUCUUUAGCAAUGGGAAGAGAUGGAAGGAGAUCCGACGCUUCUCCCUCAUGACCUUGAGGAAUUUUGGGAUGGGGAAGAGGAGCAUUGAGGAUCGUGUUCAAGAGGAAGCCCAUUGCCUUGUGGAGGAGUUGAGAAAAACCAAUGGGUCACCCUGUGAUCCCACUUUCAUCCUGGGCAGUGCUCCCUGCAACGUGAUCUGCUCCAUUAUUUUCCAAAAUAGGUUUGAUUAUAGAGAUCAGAAUUUUCUUAAUUUGCUAGACAAAUUUAAUGAAAAUCUCCGGAUUAUGAGCUCCCCAUGGAUACAGGUCUGCAACAAUUUCCCUAUUCUCAUCGACUAUUUCCCAGGGAGUCAUAACAAAGUACUUAAAAAUUUUGCUUAUGUAAAAAGCUAUGUUUUGGAGAAAGUAAAAGAACAUCAAGCAACUCUGGACAUUAACAAUCCUCGGGACUUCAUUGAUUGUUUCCUGAUCAAAAUGGAACAGGAAAAGCACAAUCAAGAGAUGGAGUUUACUUUUGAAAACUUGAUAGCAACUGUGUCUGAUUUGUUUGGAGCUGGGACAGAGACAACAAGUACCACGCUGAGAUAUGGGCUCCUCCUGCUGCUGAAGCACCCAGAGGUCACAGCUAAAGUCCAGGAAGAGAUUGACCGUGUGAUUGGCAGACACCGGAGCCCCUGCAUGCAGGACAGGAGCCACAUGCCCUACAUGGAUGCUGUGGUGCAUGAAAUCCAGAGAUACAUUGACCUCAUCCCCACCAACCUGCCCCAUGCGGUGACCCGUGACAUUAAAUUCAGAAACUACCUCAUCCCCAAGGGCAUGACUAUAGUGACAUCACUGAGUUCUGUGCUACAUGAUGACAAAGAAUUCCCCAACCCAGAGGUAUUUGACCCUGCCCAUUUUCUGGAUGAAAGUGGCAACUUUAAGAAGAGUGACUACUUCAUGGCUUUCUCAGCAGGGAAAUGGAUGUGUGUGGGAGAGGGCCUGGCCCGCAUAGAACUGUUUUUAUUCCUGACCACAAUUUUACAAAAAUUUGCCUUGAAAUUUGUGGUUGACCCAAAGGACAUUGACACAACCCCAGCUGCCAGUGGGUUAGUUUCUGUGCCGCCUUCUUACGAGCUCUGCUUCAUUCCUGUGUGA